CCCCAUCCCGACUGUCAUCCGCACCAGUAGCGCAGCAUCGUUUCGUUCGUGAAAAGUGUUGUGUGGUGUCGCCGAUUUUGGUGAAUUGAAUUUUCGGCGUUCGCUUUCGUGACAAAAGUAGUGAAUUUCACGAGGAAUCGCCUCCCCGCACCGCGAUGCCGCUGCAGCUGAACGUCCCGAACGCGGUCGAACCGAUGCAGGUGGACGCCCAACCCGAGGACAACGAGAACAAUGAGGAGGAACUGUACGUGGUGGAAAAUCCGUCGCUGGAUUUGGAGGUGGCGAACCAGUACACGGGACUGGCCAAGUUGCACCGGUUGAUUUACAUUGCGGACCACUGUCCAGCGCUGCGGCUCGAGUCGCUCAAGAUGGCCAUUAACUACGUAACCACGACGUACAAUGUGACGCUGUACCAGCACUUGCACAAGAAGUUGGCCGAUUUGUCCGGCGGAAGUACGCUGCCGGAUGUGGCGGCGCAGUCAAGCUCACAGGAUGUUCCGAGCUUCGACUCGGCCUGGGUUGAGACUAAGAGCAAGAAAUCGGCGCUGAAAUUGGAGAAGCUGGACUGUGAUCUGAAGAAUUACAAGGCGAACUCAAUCAAGGAGAGCAUCCGGCGCGGUCAUGACGAUCUGGGGGAUCAUUAUUUGAACUGUGGCGAUUUGUCGAAUGCGCUCAAGUGUUACUCGCGGGCUCGCGAUUACUGCACCAGCGGCAAGCACGUCGUAAACAUGUGUUUGAACGUGAUCAAGGUGUCGAUCUAUCUGCAGAACUGGUCCCACGUUCUGAGCUACGUUUCCAAGGCGGAAGGAACUACGGAGAUUGCGGAAACUUCAAAGGACAAAGACCCGAACCAUGCGGUGGUGACCCGCUUGAAGUGCGCUGCGGGAUUGGCCGAGCUGGCCACGCGGAAGUACAAAUCCGCUGCCAAGCACUUUCUGCAGGCAAACUUUGAUCUGUGCGACUUCCCCGAGAUGAUCUCCACGAAUAAUGUCGCCAUGUACGGGGGACUGUGCGCCCUGGCCACGUUCGACAGACAGGAGCUGAAGAACGUCAUCUCGAGCAGCUCGUUCAAGCUGUUCCUCGAGCUGGAACCGCAGCUGCGCGACAUCAUUUUCAAGUUUUACGAGUCAAAGUACGCUUCCUGCCUGAAGCUGCUCGACGAGAUCAAGGACAAUCUGCUGCUGGACAUGUACAUUGCGCCGCAUGUCAACUCGCUGUACACGCAGAUCCGGAACCGCGCCCUCGUCCAGUACUUUAGCCCGUACAUGUCGGCGGACAUGCGCAAGAUGGCCACCGCGUUCAACCGGUCCGUCGGGGCGCUCGAGAACGAGCUGAUGCAGCUGAUUUUGGACGGGCAGAUCCAGGCCCGGAUCGAUUCGCACAACAAGAUUCUGUACGCGAAGGACGCCGACCACAGGAGUGCCACCUUCGAGAAGGCCAUCCUGGUGGGCAAGGAGUUCCAGCGGCGCUCGCGGAUGCUGAUCCUGCGGGCGGCCAUGGUUCGGCACCACAUUCACGUGAAGAACCAACCCCGCGAGAGCAACCACACCGAGAUCCUGCCGGCCACGGGCUCCUCGUCGUCGUCGCUGGUCCGCAAUUGAUUAAAUCUGAACGAGGAAGAGUUCUUCGCACGCUUCAAGAGAAAAUCCAAAUAAUCAGCAGCAAAAUAGAAACGGCACCUCUCCCCCCUCCUGUCACGGAACAUGAAGGAUUGCGCUCGUAAAACGGACUGGCUUUCGGAAAUUCGAGAAUUAACAUGAACACACACGCAAACACACAAGAGCAAGUUAUUCUACGCAGUGUAAUUGAUAUGUUUUACCGAAUAUUAAAAAUUUUCAAAUAAACGUAAAGAUUGGUGAUA